ACAGCGAAACAAAAUGGCGGCUGUGGCUUCAGAGCCAGCAGCUGCGGUUCUGACAACAACAAUAACGAUCGCGGCAACGGACGAUGACUGCCCUCCAGAACCGGGUCCAGUAGACACAGAACACCCGAAGUUCCCCGCGGAACCGAACCGUUCCGCAGAGUUGGGUCUGUGCAGUCAGAUGGAGGACCAUGGAGACGACCGCCAUGACAGGCCCGAGCCCGAGGCGGGAAGGGGGCCGGAGAGUGGGGCUCUGGUGGACCGGAGCGGCUCCGAGAGCGGUGGGUCGUACCGAACCAUUUUGCCGGACCCGCAGCACUCCGCAGUUUUUCUGCACUCCCUCCCCGACCCCCCGCCCGGUACCGAGGCAGGACUGUCCCUGGCCGAACCUGCCGAGCCCACCACCAACGUCACGACGGAUCGAGCUGAGGCCGCGGAACGGGUCUACAUGGGUCUGAUGCAGGCGGACCUAGGUCCUAGGCCCGCGGAGAACUCUGUGUUGAACGAAACGGCCGAGCGUCCAGAACCAGAUUCCGGCUACUGUGAAAGUUCGGCAGGACAAGAAACAACGGUUCGGGGCGGACUGGACUCAACCCCCAAAUCCAUCGGCCCACAGCCAACCUCUGUACUGGAUCUGAGUCCAGGAUCCGAGGUCCGGGUCUGCUUGGACCACGUGAUCGAUGACGCGCUGGUGGUGUCCUUCCGGGUCGGAGAGCGGACCUUCUCAGGGGUUCUGAUGGACGUGUCCAGAAGAUUUGGACCCUAUGGGAUCCCCGUCACUGUGUUUCCCAGACGUGAAGAACGCAGUCAACCUCCACCAUCUCUGCUGCCUUUGAUUGUAGACAAUGAGACGUCCACUAAACAGGAAGAGGCUGCUGCUCCAUGCCAACCCGCUCCCCAUCCCUGGAGUUCAAAACCCCCACCCUUGUUUCAGGAGGGGGCCCUGUACCCACCUCCUUUGUUCAUCAGGGACACCUACAACCAAGCCUUACCUCAACCGCCUCCACGCAAGAUCAAACGACCUAAGCGGCGCUACCGUUGCGAGGAGUCCACUUCCAUUAUGAAUGCAAUCAAGCUCCGCCCACGCCAGGUCCUCUGCGACAAGUGUAAAGGCGUUGUGGUAUCAAGUGGAUACAGGGAGGUCCGACGAGGUCCAGGAGAGCAAAGGAGCAUUGACGUUUCACGGCGGCGACGUGCUAUAGACGUACCAAUUUCCACUGAGCUGAAACGUCUGAGGGGCAAUGACAGAGGAGGACGUCCUGCCCCUGAGAGGCGUUCAUCGUCGGGAAUACAUAUGUCUUCUUCAUCAUCGUCAUCCCGCCGCGUACUUAGGAGUGUGACUUCAUCUUCAACAGCUUCGUCCAGCCACGAUUACUUGAAACUGAACUCCAAGAAAGUUCUGGCUAAGAGUUCUACUGCUGACCGCACCAAGGCCCGGCAGGUUUUGCAGAAGCUGGUACCACACCACUUGCCAACACACCAGGAUAAGAACCAGAACCACAGCAAGGCUGUGACUAGGGCUGCUGCACUGCAAAACCACAACCAGAAGGUCCACUUCACGCGCCGCCUGCAGCACCUGAGCAGCGCCGCUGUUAGCUCCCAUGUGCCGCUGCCGCCUAGACUCCGCCUCAAACCCCAAAGGUAUCGUACUGAUGAACCGGUGCCGGUUCCGCCUUCCGCAUCAGCAUCAGCAUCACCUUCCAAACCUGCCACAAGCCUAGUUCACACUCCCCCACCCUCAGGUACAGCUCCUUCCCCUUCCUCUGCAGCCAUUGUUGCCAUAGAAACACCUGAGGCUGAAAGGGCGGGGCAAGGAAAUCAUUGGAAAGAGGUGGAGCCUCCUCCACCUUCCUCUUUUUCCUCCUUAGACUCUUCUCACUCAGAGUGCAGCUCCACAGAGACUUUUGACCUUGCUCCUUCUGGAGACCCGUAUUCCUACUCCUCCUCCCCUACCCCUGUAGCGCCUCCCUCCCCAUCCUCUUCCUUACCUCCUCACUGUCCUGCCUCCACCUCCCCUGCUUCAUUCACAGCGAACGGCGAGGCAGAGGAGGAAGGAUGUGGCAUAAAGCGGCGUCGCAAGUCGUCCUCAUCCGCGUCUUCGUCCUCCGUCUUUUCCAAGUCCGUGUCAAAAUGUCUGUUGCCAGAUGGCCGCACUGUGUGCGUUGGCGACAUUGUCUGGGCCAAGAUCUAUGGCUUUCCGUGGUGGCCAGCGCGAGUGCUAGGCAUCACAGUGGCACGCCGUGGUAGCACAGGGCUGGCAGUGCGACAGGAGGCGCGUGUCUCCUGGUUUGGCUCGCCCACCACCUCCUUCCUGCCGCUCCCACAGCUCUCGCCAUUUCUUGAGACGUUUCAGUCGCGGUUUGAUAAGAAGAGGAAGGGCCCGUACCGUCGUGCCAUCGCCGAGGCUGCCAGUGCUGCUAAACAGCUUACACCUGAAGUUCGUGCACUACUCACACAGUUUGAAACGUAGCAGCUGGCAACAUGGCCUUAGCCCCACCCCUUUUAUGAGCCCUUACAAAAACUAGGAGGAGCUAAAUGCCCCAGACUCAUAAAAACUGUUACAUGAUUGCAGAGGAGGGCGGGGAGCAUUUAGAGGUACCUGUUGGUGUUUAAAUGGCCAGGGGUGGAGCUUCUUUUCAGUGACAGCAUUUCAGCUCGCCAACAUCUCGCUUCAAAGAGCAUGAUGUCAAUCAUUCAGAUUGAUCAUGUGAUGUCAUCAGGUUCAUGUGUAUCACAAAAUAGAACUUAUGAGACAGUCUGCGUUGUGAUUGGCUGAUGACACCGUGACAUCUUUUGUAACAAAUACUA